UCAAAUUUUGUACAAGUCACCGCACGUGCGCAUGACUCUUAUCUAGAGCCUAAUCUUUUCAUAUGCCUUUUUAUGUUGCCAAUCCAAAUCCUUGGACUUGUUUAACAAGAAUAAGUGGCAUGCAAUAUUGCAAUGAAAAUGAAAAUAAAAAAACGGUGGAGACUCCUUCAUUUGCAUCCACUCGGAGAAGAGCGACCAUGUGGUUUCCAAUUUGGCAAGUUGGCUGACUCUGACAUGGCCUUCAUCUUCUCCUCGCUUCCGGACAAAAGGAUCCGAUUUCCCCUAGAAAGAGAAUGCACCGAAAACGACGUCGUUCAUGUCUGCAUUCCGAAGUGAGGCACACAAAAACAACACGCUCGUCCUCCUCGUCCUCGUCCUCCGCCCUCUUCGUCCCUGUAUGCUUCUGUUCCGUGAGUGAGUCUGUGGCAACUAACCUCAGUAGCUCCGUUGUUUGGAGUUUGGAUGAAAGCCAUCUACCUCAAAUUCCUCACACCCAGGAAAAACCCGAAAUGCCUUCGAUGAAAACGAUGCCCAAAGCAUUUUCCCUGGCUUCUAUAAAUUCAAUUCCACGUACCCCAGUUCCUAAAUUUUAGUUGGAAUCGAUCCCAUUUGUUUGGUUUCGUUCCCUUCUGCAGGGGUUUGAUUCCUCUUCUCAUGGCUCCCAUCAGUCUGAAGCAAUCCUCGAACCCCUCUUCCGCUGCUCAAACGAUUGCGUCUUCUCAGGAUGCUCGAACUCUGGUGCGUGAAACACUGCGCAUCAGUGCCGAUUUGGCUUCAUCAUCGCCGGCUGUUGCAAUCCCUCACCUUGCCGAGACGACGUCGGAUCUUUCUUGUUCUUCUCCAUCAUCAUCGGCGGCUGUGUUGGUUGGAUCGGAUUGUCGGAGGAGAGUAGGGGGUGGUGGCGUUGUUGGUGCCGAGGAGGCUAUGAAUCCGAGCUUGAGACUGAUUUGCUGCGAGGAAAUUGAUGGUCGUAGAUGGAACUAUGUGGCGGAAAAUGAUGGCUCUGGAGGUUUCGUAAAGAAUUCAUUCCGUGGGCUCAGUUUGCAGACUCCUCAAGCUCCUCUUGAUGAGGUAAUGUCAUUCGUAAGAUCCUAUGUUGUUCCGGAAGGUUUCCCUGAUACUGUUAGCCCUUCAUAUGUCCCAUACAUGACAUGGCGGGCUCUAAAGCACUUCUUUGGUGGAGCAAUGGGUGUUUUCACAACUCAAACACUUUUAGGCUCAGUUGGAGUCUCCAGAAACAAAGCUACUCCUGGUGCUGUUGCUAUAAACUGGAUUCUCAAGGAUGGUGCUGGUCGUGUUGGAAAGAUGCUUUAUGCUCGGCAGGGAAAGAAAUUUGAUUGUGAUCUAAAACAAAUGCGAUUUGCAGGUGAUCUUUUGAUGGAGUUGGGUGCUGGAGUAGAGUUGGCAACUGCAGCAGUGCCACAUUUGUUUCUUCCCUUGGCUUGUGCUGCUAAUGUAGCAAAGAAUGUUGCUGCUGUGACAUCAACAUCAACUAGGACACCCAUUUACAAAGCAUUUGCUAAAGGAGAGAACAUUGGGGACGUCACUGCUAAAGGAGAAUGUGUUGGCAAUAUUGCAGAUCUGUUAGGAACUGGUUUGAGCAUUUUAAUAUCCAAAAAAAAUCCAUCACUGGUGACUACGUUUGCCCUCCUUUCUUGCGGAUAUGUCCUUAGCUCUUAUAGAGAGGUAAAAUCUGUUGUUUUGCAUACACUGAACCGGGCAAGAUUUAGUGUGGCCGCAGAGUCCUUCAUCAAGACAGGGCGAGUACCCACUGUCCAGGAGGGUAAUAUGAAUGAGAACAUAUUCAAGUUUCCAUGGAAAGAUAGGCCUCUAGUCCUUGGAUCAAGAUUCAAGGAAGCAUUCCAAGACCCUGCUGCAUAUGUUGCCAUACAGCCUCUGUUUGAGAAAGAGAAGUAUAUUGUGACAUAUAACCCUUCAAAGUGUAAGGUGUAUGCUCUGCUCAAGGAUGAGGCAAAGUCAGAUGACAUUUUAAAAGCAGCAUUUCAUGCACAUCUGCUCUUGCAUUUCAUGAAUUCAUUGAAUGGAAAUAAGGUUUCUUCUGGUAAGCAAAGGGAUGAUCUCAAGUCGAAUGUGGUGCACUCAAUGGCCGACCUUGAGGCUUAUAUUGCUGAUUCGUGCAAGAUGGUAGCAAAUUCAUAUGGACUUUUCAAAAAGAAAGCAAAGGACCAGGGAUGGACUAUGUCAGAUUCACUUCUUAAUCCUGGUCGAGCUAGGCUCGUAUCAACUUGAUGGUACGCGUUCUCACUUGGAUGAUGUUGGGUUUUUAGUGCAAAACUUCGACAGCUCUGGAUGUGGACUGAAUCAUACUGAAGAGUGAGCUUAGAUUGAAAGGAGUGGAGAAUAAUAACAAGUGAAGGAAAUAUAUGAUGUGGAUCUACAUCAAAAUUUCCCCUCCUUGCCCUCUAUUUUCCUCAAUUAAAAUAUAUCCUAUGGCCUAAAGGCAUUGUAUCCUGUGAAGCUCGGGAGAAUCUGCCAUUUGAAAUCCAUACAUGGGUGAAUUUUUCCACUGGUCAUCUGCGUGGGGCGGCCUAUUACAGGAUUAUUUGAAGAAGAAUUUGUUAGCAUGAAUGUGGAUAGAACGUUCCCACUUUAGAUAUUCAUCUUAUUCAAUAUUUUGCCUCUUCCCUACUUCUGUUCCAUUCUUUUCUGGUCCCCCCCCCCCCGUUUUUUUUUUUCAGUAGGGAUUUCUCUCAGACAAGUUGUCUUCCAAUUUUGUUUUGUUUUGUUUUUUUAAAUUUUUUCAGUGAGUUUGAUAAUCUUGAUGUACAUGUUGAAACCUUGAGGAUCAGUUCAACAUUCCCCAUUUGCA